UAUAAAUACGGCUGCGCGCAACGCACAGUUAGACAUUUUCCCAAAAUCAAACGAAAGACACAACUGAGCAAGAACCGUGGGAAUCCGACCGGCUUCUACCUUUUUUGAUUCAACCUUGCUCCACAUUUUUAUAUUCUAUAUUUAGUAUCUAGCUUACUAUGUUGGCCAUGGGUGGAUUAUAUUUGAAGCACGUCGUGGUGGCAGCGCUGUGCUCCGUGCUGGCCAUAGGGACGCUGGGGUCCCCGGUGCUGGGGCCAGAGCCGAUCCGAUGCGCCCAGUGCACUCCGGAAAAGCUGAGCCAGUGUCCAGCGGUGGCGCCCGGAUGCGCCGAGGUGUUGCGGGAGCCCGGCUGUGGAUGCUGCCCCGCCUGCGCCCUGAAGGCUGAGGAGCAGUGCGGGAUCUACACGGCGCCGUGCGGCUCCGGACUGAGGUGCACCCCGAGACCCGGCGACCCCCGGCCGCUGCACUCCCUCACCCGGGGACUAGCCGUGUGCACACAGAGCACAGAGCCCGAAGCGACCCCCGAGCCACAGACACAAGAUCAGGGAGACUCAGAGCCUGAGGUGGAGAACACAGCCACCAUCGUCUCGGACCCCGGCUCCAGCAACUACCUCCCCGGCCACAGUAAGCCCUUCGACCCGAGGGCUGCCGCAGACGCUCAGGAGAGCAUGAAAGCCAAACUCGUCGCCAUCCGCAGGAAAAUGGUGGAACAGGGGCCCUGUCAUGUUGAGCUGCAGAGAGCUAUGGACAAGAUUGCCAAAUCCCAGCAGAAAUUAGGAGACAAAUUAACCAGAUUCUACCUCCCCAACUGUGACAAACACGGGCUCUACAAACCCAAACAGUGUGAAUCCUCUCUUGACGGACAGAGGGGUCGAUGCUGGUGUGUGACCUCCUGGAACGGAAAGAAGAUUUUAGGUUCGACCGACCUGCCUGCAGACUCUGAGUGCCCUUAAAGAGAACCACUGAUGCAGAUCUCACACACAAAAAAGCCACUGAUUUUUCCUUUUUGAUAACUGUUUAUUUAUUGAUCUUGUCCAUGGUGGUGUUUAAUUCAGGUACACUGUCAGCCACCCUGAACCCCUCCCUCCCUCCUCUUCAAACACCCGUCCCAAAGAGAAAAAAAUCUAUUUUUGUUUUUCUGAAAAAGAUUUUAAUAUUGAUGCAUUUACUUCUACUUUUCAGCCUUAUUUAUUUCAACUUUAUUUCAUUUGAUUUGUAAUUAUUUUAUGAGUAUUUAUAUCAUUUUUUUGCCUUAUUGUUAUUAUUAUAUUAUUAUUUUUAUUGGUGUAUAAAGUGUAUAUAUGUAUCAUGGCCCUGAGUAACUCCACUGCUGAGUUGAGCUUGCUCUACCCUUAAGGAGCUGUCUGGAGGUUUGGUUUGUGACAAACCAAGCAGGAACAAAAGCACUGAGUGACCAAAUGUCAUUUAGAAGUAUUUCUAAAUGUUGUUUUUAUGAUUCAUUUUCACAUUGUUGCCAUUUUUAUGUCUUUUUAUUUUGUUAUUGUCUUUUUUUCUGAUGUGACACGUGAUCAGCUCUUGUCAGUGAAUGCAAAACUCUCAGUCGGGAAUCCUUAAACAGUUCUCAGAAAACAUUUCCCAUGGUUCCAUGGGGUUGCAGAUAGCAUGACAGGCGUCGCCUCCCCGUGCCGCCUCUCAGACGGGUAUUUCUACAUUUACCUACCUCCAAUAUUUAUGUGUCUGCUGUCAGUUGUGUUGAUGUAUCUGUCAAAAGAAAAACAAACGUGCUAUUUUACUUUAUAUGUUGCUGUUCUCUCUGACCAAGAACACAUGACCACAAAGAGCGGGUCCCACAGUGAACCACGCUCCACUCUAUCUACAUGCUGCUGUUGGAGAGAGAAUUAUUGUUUAUGUGAGUCUAUUCCAAAGUGACUAACUGCUCACAUGUGUGUAUGUACACUUUUGUAAUUGAGAUGUAAUGCAAGAAGAA